AUGUCUGUCCCUUCAAAUUCUACUGUACUUGUCGUCGGAGGCGGCCCAGCAGGCUCAUACGCGGCUUGUGUGCUAGCCAGGGAGGGUGUUGAUGUCGUGGUUCUUGAGGCCGAUGUGUUCCCAAGAUACCACAUUGGUGAGAGCAUGCUUGCAUCAAUGCGCUACUUCCUACGCUUCAUUGAGCUUGAGGAAGAGUUUGAUAAGCAUGGUUUUGAGAAGAAGUAUGGCGCAACAUUCAAGAUCACUGACAAGAAGCCGGCCUUUACCGACUUCUCUGUUUCCCUUGGCCAAGGUGGUUAUUCGUGGAAUGUUAUUCGCUCGGAGUCGGACGAGAUGAUCUUUCGAUACGCCGAGAAAUGCGGUGCCAAAGUAUUCGAUGGAACAAAGGUUGAUGAAAUAACGUUUGAGCCGUAUAACCAAGACGGCUUUGACAGGAAGAUUCGUCUGGCCAACCCGGGGCGCCCAGUCUCGGCGAAGUGGUCACGAAAGGACGGCACCAAUGGUUCCAUCAGCUUCGACUACAUCAUUGACGCCAGCGGGCGCAAUGGAAUAAUCUCGACCAAAUACCUCGAGAAUCGGAGGCUCAAUGAGGCCUUGAAGAACAUCGCCAACUGGACCUAUUGGAAGGGCGCUAAGCGUUUCAACCCUGGCGAGAAGAACGAGAACUCGCCGUUCUUCGAGGCCCUGUCAGAUGGCAGCGGUUGGGUCUGGGCCAUUCCACUGCAUAAUGGGACGUUGUCAUGCGGUAUCGUCGCUCGACAAGACAUCUUCUUCGCAAAAAAGAAGGAAACUGGACUCAGUGGUGCUGAGUUUUACAAGGAGUACCUGAAGAUGGCCCCUCAAAUACACGACAUGAUCUCAGGUGCCGAGAUGCUAUCUGAUGUCAAGCAGGCCAGUGACUGGUCUUACAGCGCCGGGGCUUAUGCUGGUCCUCAUUUCCGUUUGGCUGGAGAUGCAGGCUGCUUCAUCGACCCCUACUUCUCAUCUGGUGUCCACCUUGCCCUCACAUCAGGACUCUCGGCAGCUGCUACCAUCCAGGCUUCUAUACGAGGCCAGUGCAGCGAACUUACAGCGGCUAAGUGGCAUACUACCAAGGUCAACGAAGGUUACACUCGCUUCUUGCUAGUCGUUAUGACUGUUCUGAGGGAGUUGAGGGCAAAAGGAGCAGCAAUUAUCGCGGGUUCCAAGGACGAAGGUUACGACAAAGCAUUUAGUUUCAUUCAGCCUGUGAUCCAAGGUACUGCUGAUACACAGGUCGAGAAUACAAGCAUUCAAAAGAAAGCCGCAGAGGGUGUUGAAUUUGCCCUUGGGACGAUGAAGAAGGAUAGAAAAGCCGAGGAAAGGGCCAUUCUUGAUAAGGUGCAGGGGGCCCGAGACCAUGCUGAGGAGAUGGAAAAGCUCACUGAGGAAGAGCUUGCCACUCUCAGCGCCAUCGUCCACCGUAACAUACGCCUGACAAACAACGAGAAGAACCUCAAUAACAUCGCCAACGAUGUCAUUGACGGCCUCUCGAUUGAUCUGGUGCGCGGUAACUUGGGCCUUGUGAAGAAGUUCAACGACGACAUAAAGAUGCAGACGGGCAAGGAUUCAUGCAUCAAUUCCGAGCAGAUGGACGCACUGGAGCUGAAUCAUACUGUUACUGUGCAGGCGUCUUAG